GGAGCUUGGAAGUAUUUGAAUAUCAAGCAACAGUUCUUGUUUCGACCAUGGUUGUUAUGCAGAUAACGAUCUGUCCGGUACGGCUGGUAUUCCUAUGUAAUUUCGCUGACCGAAACUCAUAAUAUCUCUAACUUUUCCCAUCUGAGACGAGCCCCUUGACCAUAGAUGAUUCAACAGCGCUAUACCUUGGGUUGUAUCCGGCAGGUUCAGAUAUCUAAUAACCUCCCUCCUAAGCAAUGUAGUCCGCUCAAAGAGCUACCCGGUGAAUACUCGCAAGGUAUGUCCGCCCCUGCGAAGGAUACCCAUUCGAGGCGUGUCGAGCUGGCCCUUUCCCUAUAACCCAAAGCACGAAUGCAUA